AUGGAGCCUCCACCAGACAACCUCGCCCAGGAGGAGCCCGGUGGCGUCGAAACCGCCGCCGCAGAUGCUGUUGAAGACAUUCCGCCGCAAGCUACAGGCAAGCGGCGCAAGCGCAAGCGCAAGCGUCGAGCCUCUUGCCCCAGCACUUCUGCUGCCUCUGACGUCGCGUCCGCACCAGAAGACCACACAGCCAGCAAACGAGCGAAGAUCUCACAUGGAUCUCAUGAAAUGGCACCUCCCGCCUCUGACAUACCACCUCCUGUCCAACAAGCUCAGCUAGCACCAUCCAAGGAAUCUGCAACCCCGUCCUCCGACAGAGUCAAAAGGUCACCUCUCCCCCAGCAAACUAUUUCGUACCCUGGAACUAUCAUCAUUGACGAGGAAGACGCUUCUAUCGAAGAGGGCCGACGAGUGUGCAAGCUCCACGAGCCAGAUGGACAGAUAUACAUGUUCACAGAUGGGUCGACGUGUCCAGGCGAGGGGUCUGGGAUCGGCAUCGUGUACCGUUGCGACACGAGGACGGACGACUGGGCGGAGAUUUCGCAGAGCCUCCCCGACACCAACGACUCCUGCAUAACCGAAGCAAAAGCUCUGGCAGUGGGAAUCCAGUUCUUCAGCAUGGAUUUCGGAGCAGAUCCUGCUAUCAAGGGGUUGACCGUGCUGCUGGACUCGGCGACGGUUCUGGGAUCACUUAUGAACUACGAUGUCGACAAACGUCGUGGAACUGAUGGUCCAGAGAAAUUGGCAUGGCACGUGCAACAGAUUCAUAAGCAGACGGAAAUUAUUGUCAGCAUGGGCAAGACAGUCACCCUUCGAUGGGUCAAGGCGCAUGGAAAGGGCGACAAAAGGGUGGAGGGAAAUGCUAGGGCUGACGAGCUGGCCAAGGCUGCUAAUCCCUGGAAGGAGAAGAAAAAGAGGAACAAGGUGGAGCGUAUGCUUGAGCUUGCAAAAGCUGCCGCACAGAGGGCCAAGAAGGGUAUUCAAGGCAUGACGCUAUGA